GCCCAUCCUCAUCUCAUAAACCGUCGCGACGAACAUUUGCCACACUCCAGGCCAUACUGCACAAUCCGUGCCGUUGAAUUUACGUUGGGAAACACUACUGAGACGCUACCUGCUACCCUGAUCUCACCAUGGCCGACCCGGUAGCCUCCAAGUCUGGCUUCUUGUGCAUGUACAUGUCGAACCACCCAGACACGCUCGUCGCGUACGUCAAGCACUGGGGCAAAGUCACAGAGGAUGUCUCGAGCGCGAAGAUGAAGUCGAUCAACACGAAGGAUAUGACAUUGACGUACCAGACCAAGGGCGGAAGUUCAGAGAAGGAAGUACGAGUGCAGUUCGACCCGCCGCUUCUGGGCUACGAAGAGGUGAAGCCUCGUCUGAUCAGCAUGAAGGUGGACGCAGAGGAGGCUCUGGGCAUGGCCCGCGCCCCGCAGAUCACUACGUUCCGCCUUCCCCUCGGCAUUUGGAUCACGACAUCCCUGAUCGCCUUUCUCAUCUACACGACCUUCUCCCCGGAGCCAAGCUCACCCAACUUCUCUCCCGCGUACCUCCCAGCGCACUACCUGCGCACGAACCUGCCAGCAUGGGCAGUCCCGGCUUCCUGGUACAUCGUCGCUAUCCUUCACCCCCUUGAGGCUUUGUAUGCAUUCUAUAUGGUCAGGAGGCACCGGAUGCCGUUCACAAUAGGCUUGUGCUACGUUCUCGGUACGUUGACGUGGGGCUUCCCGGUCCUCAACGAGCUGCGCCACCAGAGACAGGCCGCUCGUAUCGAGAGUGUAUUGAAAGGGCAGUGACGUUGUGUUGCUAUCUCUCUGUAUGUAUCAUUGCUGCUUGUAUACGGGAGGAUUCUUUGGAUGGAAUUACGCGGGAAUGUUCCACCGACUGUGCAGGAUAAAGACGAGUAGGUCUCUCCCGUCCCUGAUUCCGCAAGUCAGCCGCACACUGAGGGUCGCGAAAUUGGUUUCUCGGACUGACCCGGGCAUGCUGUAGGUCACGGCUACAAUCUCAAGGUAGUACAAAGUGCUAUUGAACGACUCAUAUCCGAGAUUCACUUGGACGAUUGGCAACUUUUGACACCAGUUCCUCAUUCGUUCAGGAUCGAAAUCACGGACAAAAUAUUGCCGAGCGUACAGCUGCGACU